UAUAACACACUCUAUUAAUAGUUUAUUUUCUACAUUUAAUAUUUUUUAUUGUAAGAUGAAUUCAUCUCAGAAAGCCAGUUAUCAUGCAGGAGAAGCUAGGGGCCAAACUCAGGAGAAAGCUAACCAAAUGAUGGACAAAGCUAGAGAUACUGUCCAAUCUGCCCAACAAUCCGUUCAGGAGACUGGACAACAGAUGAAGGCUAAGGCACAAGGAGCUGCAGAUGCAGUGAACGAUACUUUUGGAGCAAACUCAUAAAUUAUUGGAAAAAUUCAGUUAUAAUUAAUUUAAGUUGCAUAAAGUGUUGGUUAUCCAACCUGGGUUUUUAGUUUAAUUUUUAUUUAUUUUAUUUUUCAUGUUGAGAUAAAGGCAUUAAUUGCCACUGUUAAUUUUUCAGUCAGUUAAUGAUAUGAUUUCACGGUUUCAAACUA